GCCCUGAUAUUAUAGCUUCAAACCACAAAAAAUUCUCUCGAGUUUCUCCUUCUCUCUCAAACCCAGUACCUAUUAAACCGGUUACUUUUACACAGACCAAGAACCAUGCCUAAGAAGAUAUACCCAAACUCAACAACAACAGCAGCAGCAGCAACAGAAUCUACAAGAAUUCCGAAACAAAUAUCAGACAAACAACAGGUGGAGGUACUAACAGUAUGGAAAAAAUCACUUCUCUUUAACUGUAACGGUUUUACCGUUUUUGAUACAAAUGGAAAUCUUGUGUUCCGUGUGGAUAAUUAUCGAGCUGGGAAUAAAACGGAAAUCUUUUUAAUGGAUGCCUCAGGAAAAACUCUUCUUACCAUCCGUCGUAAGAAAUUGAGUUUAACAGAUAACUGGAUGGUAUUUGACGGAGAAACUUCAGUUAAUCCAAGAUUUUUGGUGAAAAAACCCGUGAAUUUCUUGACAACGAAGGACCUAGCUCACGUGAUAUCCUGCCAAGGUAACAGUAAGGAGCUUAUGUAUGAAAUUAUCGGAUCGUACGCACAACGGUGUGUGGCUGUGUAUGACAGCGAGAAAAGACUUGUAGGUGAAAUUCAAAGAAAAGAAGCUAAAGCAGGUGUAACAUUUGGUGGUGACGUAUUUAAGCUGAUAGUGCAACCUGAGUUUGAUCAAGCUGUUGCUAUGGCUCUUGUUAUAUUAAUGGAGCAGAUGUUUGGCUUGAAAAGAUCGAGCAGUUUAGGUAGAUUAGGUUGAUUAAUGAAGCGUUAUAGUUGUUGCUGGAUUGUGGCUCCGUGGAUUAUGAUUUACAACCCAUCUGGAUUGUCAGGUGAGGAAAAUGUUGCACAGCACAAGCUCGUUGAUUAGAAAAGAGAUAUUUUAUGAAAACAGAUAGCAAUGAGUUUUGGAAGCCUAGAAUCCCCAACUCAGUCAUGCUAGUAUGUGGACCUGGCGACGGCGGCAAUCCAAACAAUGAGAGCUUCACUGCUAACAUCUGAUAACAUGGAGAAAGGGUUUUUUUAGCUGUACCUUUGUAAAGAUGUUUCUUAUACUCUUUUCUUCACAUUUUACUUUAAAGUUGAGACCUUUUCUUUUCGUGAUGGUAGUUUUGUCUAGUCUUUUUUCUCCCUUAAAAGUUUUAGCAACUCAUUUU